AUCACGGGUGCGUGUGCAGAGAUGUGCAAAAUUCUGAGGUUACACCAUUUGGGAACAAUAAACAACAAUAAUUGAAAGGGACCUUGGAGGUCUUCUAGUCCAACUCCCUGCUCAGGCAGGAAACCCUAUACCAUUUCAGACAAAUAGUUCAGGUUGUCAAGUUCCAGUUUGUGUGGAGGGAACAUUUCAAAGUUCCCUUAACUUGAAAUGGGAGCUGUUGAACGAUUACAGACUGAAUAUUAUGGCAUCUGGUGCGCAUCUAGAGAUGUGCUUUGUAGGCUGGCAUUAUUAAUCACUCUUAAAAUCUGCUAGUAGAACAGGGACACCUAAUGAAUAAAGUUGAAGGCUGCGUCAUGGAUUUCAAACAAUCCACCCAAAUUUGAAGGCCAUCCUUCAGUGGUUAACAAAUCCAGGGGGUUCAACGUGGCUGAUUAAAAAACCCCUUUUUCCUUGUGAUCGGUCUGAUUCCUUGCACCUCCCCUGCACCUGUCUUGCAUCACCUGUUCUCCACCCCCUGGGAAAACGCCAUUUUUUCCUCCCUUGGAAGCUGCUCCUCCGGUUCCUCCUCCUGUUCUUGCAAAUUGCUUGGUUGAGGACUGCCAGAUGGGUGUCUUGGCACCCUCCGUGUCUCCUGGUGCAGCCCAGAGGAGGAGAUUUUCAGGGGGCUCGGCUACUAUGAAGGACCUGAGAACAGAAGAACACCAGGUGAUGGUGGCUCUCCGUAUUCGCCCGAUCAAUGCAACUGAGUUGGAGGAAGGCGCGACGGUCAUUGGCCACAGAAUGGGGGAGCAGAUCAUGGUCCUGAUGGAUCCAUCAGAAGAUCCAGAAGAUAUCCUGCGUGCCAAUCGAUCAAGGGAGAAAACAUUCAUUUUUGAUGUGGUUUUUGGUCCUCAAGCAACACAGGAGGAGGUGUAUUUGUCCACUACUAAAAGCCUCAUAGAAGGGGUCAUCUCGGGAUACAAUGCUACCAUUUUUGCCUAUGGACCCACAGGGGCUGGAAAAACCUACACUAUGCUGGGGACGGAUUCAGAACCUGGAAUAUACAUCUGUACCCUCCACGAUCUUUUUCAAGCCAUUGAGGCCACAGGAGACGAGCGGAAUUAUUUGGUCUACAUGUCGUACCUGGAGGUUUAUAAUGAAAUUAUCCGUGAUCUCCUGAAUCCAUCCACAGGCUAUCUUGAGCUGAGAGAAGAUUCCAAAGGGUGCAUACAGAUUGCAGGAAUGACAGAAGUCUCAACGACAAAUGCCCAGGAAAUUGUGGAGUUGCUGACCAAAGGGAACAAGGAACGUACUCAGGAGCCCACGGCUGCUAACAAGACCUCCUCACGGUCACAUGCUGUCCUGCAAGUGUCCGUGAAGCAGACCACUCGAGUGAAAGGCAUCAGUGAGGAAGUGUGUGUCGGAAAGCUCUUCAUGGUUGAUCUGGCUGGAUCAGAAAGGGCUGCUCAGACCCAAAACCAGGGCAAAAGGAUGAAGGAGGGGGCCCAUAUCAACCGGUCCCUCCUUGCUCUGGGGAACUGCAUCAAUGCGCUGAGCGAAAAGGGGGGAAGCCGAACUCAAUACAUCAAUUUCCGAGACAGCAAACUGACCCGUUUGCUGAAGGAUUCUCUAGGAGGCAAUAGCAGGACAGUUAUGAUCGCCCACAUCAGCCCUGCCAGCACCUGCUUUGAAGAAUCUCGGACAACGUUGAUGUACGCUUAUCGAGCCAAGAACAUCAAAACAAGGGUAAAGCGUAAUCUUCUCAACGUCUCUUACCAUAUUGCUCAGUAUACCAGCAUCAUUUCUGAUCUCCGGCGUGAGAUUGAAUGCUUGAAGGCCAAGGUUGAAAACGAGGAGAAGGAGAAACAUCUCUUGAGCACUGGGGCCAAAGACGGACAAGGUCAAGGGGAGACUCCUCUGGACUUUGAGGAGGAUGGCCAUCAACAGUUGCAGAAGUUAAAAAAACAGCUGGUGGGGGCCUUCAAGGAACAGAUGGACAUGCGGCGCAGCUUAAUGGAGCUGGAGAAUACCAACAUGGAACUCCACGUAGAUACCUCCAGGCACCUUCUCAUGAUUGCAGACUGGGAACGUGAGAGAGUUCGCCAAGCUGGCCGAAGUGCCAAAAUACAUCAUCCAAGUGAAAAGGAAGAUGAGGUGGCUGACCAGGAAGAUUUCCUGGAACCUGUGGAGAUCACAAUUGCCAGGGAAGAGAUAAGCACACUGGUGGCAGAGCAGCGGAAAACGGCUACCUUAAAGGCUGACCUGGAACAGAGGUUGGCAAAUGCCAAGGAGAAAGUUUCCCAGAUGGAGAGGAUGCUCCCCAAACAAACCACCAGCAAAGACCAACGGGAAGUUCUGAGCCUCUUGUGCAAGACCCACGAGCUGGAAGUGGGGAAGACGGAGCUUCAAGCCAAUGCUUUGUACAAGGACAAUCUGCUCUGCCAGAAGGACUUCAUCAUCCAGCACCAUCAGCAAUACCGGCAUCUCUCUGAAGAGCUUAUUCAACAGCAAUGGUCCCUAAUCAAAGGAAUUUGGCCAUCUCUUUGGAACCAUCAACUCUGGAAGCGUUCUGUCUUUCCUGUAGACUACAAUAUUCCAGUCCCGGGACCACUGGAAAAACUGUACCACCUAUAGUGUCACGAGUUAGAGAAAGGGACUCUGGAUCGCCUGAUGGUGCUUCACUCGCUGAUGUCCAGCACGUGGCAGUUCCAUUCUGGACAGAUUCAGAGACAAGAUCACAACAGAGAGGAGAAUCCAGAAGGAUCCAUCGAUCACAAGAAAGCUUGCCUUCCAGGGCCCAAAUUUGAGCUUCCCCCCAUUAUUGUGGAUUCAGACAGGUACUUUGACAACUUUUAGUGAAAAGAGGAAAAGUCCUUUUCCAGAGCAAACGUCAAUUGCAGAAAUACUCCGAUGGCACCUAUCAACUUGGAGAUGGACACAAUUCCUAAAGAGAACAUUGCGCAACUUCUUUCUAAGUAAACCCAUAGAGGGUGGUACUUUUCAUCCUCUAUUCUUGGAGGGCUUCAAAAGGUUUUCCCAUGUCUUGUGGCCCCAAUUAAAUAAACUCAAUUUUCCAUUUGUUUUUUUUUUUUGUGUUGGGUUUA